GACUGGUUACCAUACAACAAAAAUCAAGAUUCGUUUGUUCAAACAAAAGGAAAUAGAGUGACAGUCAUCGAGUUCAUCCUAGAAAACAAAACAUCGUACUAAUAAACAAAGAGUUCAUGGUUCGACAACGCACACAAAGAACAAACUGAAGAAUCUAUUGAAUAUUGACGGUUUGAUGGGACAAAAAGCAAAAGCAAAAGUAGAUACAAAGGAACAAAAUUUAUCUAUAAGUGCAGGUGUAUGCAUAAACAUGCUGCCAACACCAAACGAGGUCCGGUUGAAUUAUCUAUCUAUCUAUCUAUCAAGAAGAAUAUCAUGCCACAAAAUUUGGUCGACCCUCUUGGUGUUAUAGGAGAUGUUUUGAGCCCUUUUACAAAUUCUGUAUCUUUGAGUGCUCUCAUCAAUAACAGAGAGAUUAGCAAUGGAUGUAUAAUGAAACCCUCUCAACUAGUUAAUCGUCCAAGGGUUAAUGUUGGUGGUGAUGAUCUCAGGACUUUCUACACAAUGGUUAUGGUGGACGCAGAUGCACCUAGCCCUAGUAACCCUUUUUUGAAGGAAUACUUGCAUUGGAUGGUGACGGAUAUUCCAGCAACAACAAGUGCAAGCUUUGGGAAAGAGGUAGUGUUUUAUGAGAGCCCGAAACCUUCAGCAGGGAUUCAUCGAUUUGUGAUUGCAUUAUUCAAGCAACUUGGCAGAGACACUGUUUUCGCCCCAGAUUGGCGUCAUAAUUUCAACACUACGAACUUUGCUGAAAUUAACAAUUUGGUAAUUGUUGCUUCAGUUUAUUUCAACUGCCAACGAGAGCGUGGUUGCGGCGGAAGGAGAUGUUAAAAGAUUAAAAGAAACCAAGUUGGACUUAAUUAGUUCUAUGUAAUUUGAUAACUCUUUUGAGUUCGUGAUGGGAGACGUUCACAUUUAGUGUCUAGGAUCUCUUCAAAACAAGAUUUUCAUAAUAUAGGAGAAAACUUGCGGAUUCUAAAAAAACAAGUUAGAAGAGUCAAAACAAAAAGGAAGAUGUGAAAGUUAAUAUUUCAAUUUGGUUUUAAGUCCGAAAAUUAAUUACAUGUCUGCAUUUUUUUUUUUUUUCUUGCACAGAUCAACCGGUAUGUUAGUCCUUUCUUCUUAAUUAGAAUUUGAAGACGGGUCCUACAACUCAUUGCUUUGGGAUAUUAUAAGCGGGGAUUGCUUGAACCACCGCCUUAAUC